AUGCAAGGUUUUGAAAGAAGACUAUAUGAACAUAGGACAGUGCAGAUGAUGUUUCAAGAAGGAUAUUUUAACAUGGCCAUCUUAGAAGACCCGAAAAUGAAAGUCAUAGAGCUCCUAUACUUUAAUAAUGAACUGAGCAUGUUCAUUCUUCUUCCUGAAGAUGACUGUGAGGACUUUACUGGCCUAGAACAGCUUGAAUGUGCCCUCACCUAUGAAAAACUAGCAGAAUGGACCAGCUCUGCUAGGAUGGAGCCACUGAAAGUGAAGGUAUACCUGCCUCAGUUCAAGAUGGAAGAAAGUUAUGUUCUCAACAAAACUCUUCAGGAGAUGGGAGUAAUGAAUGUUUUUGACUGGGGAAAAGCUGAUUUGUCAGGAAUCUCUAAGAAAGGUGGCCUGGUUGUGUCCAAGGCCAUCCAGAAGACAAUCGUGGAAGUCAAUGAAGAGGGCACAGAAGCAGCUUGUGCCACAGGGCUUCUUGCAAUGCCUCUGUGUUGCCCACUUACUUAUGAGUUCAAAGCUGACCAUCCAUUCCUCUUCUUCAUCAGACACAACCAAACUAACACUAUUCUCUUCUUUGGAAGAUAUACCUCUCCUUAA